AUGGUAUUUGGAGUGAUGAAAAUGAAAGGUGGAUCACCAAUUAGGGUUGUUAAGAACACAAGAAUUUGUUGCGACUGUCAUACAGUUGCAAAGUACAUUUCUUUGGCUCGAAAUUGCGAGGUUUUACUUAGAGAUGCUGGCCGUUUUCACCAUUUUAAAGAUGGAAAAUGUUCUUGUAAUGAUUGUUGGUAA